GAUACUUUAAUCAUCUGACAGAAUUGACAAGUGGAGUUUGUGUCCAGAAGAGGAUAAUAUUUCUAAACUGUGCAGGUACCGACUGGUCUACAAGAUGCUAGUAUCUCAAGAUCACACCUGGAGGUAACCCGGCAUCGUCUGUGCUGUUGUCCUUGUGUGGCUCAGUAGAGAUGGUCCAGUGGACUACACAAUGGCGGACAUGUAUCUGGUUUCAGACUCUGCUGGCCUUCACAUCAGCCAACUGUCCCUCUCUGGCCCUCAGUCCUGUUAACUUCUCAGUGGUUUACACCAUGCCCUUCUUCCAGGCACGUGGGCCAAUACAGAACAUUGUUAACAACUCACUAUACCAGGAGGUUUACGUAGCUUCAAAGAAUGUCAUUGAAGCAGUCAACUGGCAUUUGGAGAAAAAGUGGGAGCUACACACUGGGCCGGUAGGAAGUUCCAAGUGUCAAAUAUGUGAUUUGUGUAACAUUGAGAAGGAUCCUGACUUCUUGGAGGACACAGACAAUGAGAUCUUACUUUUGGAUACACUCUUUAUGUAUUUGUACUCCUGUGGAAGUUCUCAGUAUGGUGUAUGUUAUUUCCACCAACUUAGGAUUAAUGGAAAGCCGCCUUCUCUUUCAAAGUGUUUGUACAGAAAAGAAUCAAACUCUGCUGCCUGUUGUCCUGACUGUGUAGCCAGCCCACUAGGUACCAAAGUCACCAUGGUGGAGGAGGGCCAGACAAUCUACUUCUUUGUUGCUGCUACAGUGAAUGACAGUGUGACCCAGCGUUAUGCUAGGAAGUCGAUAUCAGUUCGCCGGCCACUGGCAACAGAAGAUGGCUUCUACAGUGAUGUGCGAGGUCUAACGGUCCUUCCUGGAUUACGGCAGACAUACCAUAUUGAAUAUGUCUACAGCUUUUUCACUCAGGAGUUUGUCUACUUCCUCAGUGUCCAGAGAGAGAGCCCAGAUCAGGAGUCAUCUCCAUUUCAGACUCGUCUGGGCCGCCUGCCUCGGAAUGAGUGGGAGAUGAAGAGAUAUCGCGAGGUGAUUCUGGAGUGUCGUUUUGAGCCGAAACGCCGUAGGAGGAAUGUAGCCAGCAAGCCCUAUAAGGAUGUAGUGUAUAACGUUGUCCAGGCAGCUCACUUUGGCAAAGCAGGCAGGGAGCUGGCAGAGGAGCUUGGGGCGGAGGAAGAGGAUGACAUCCUGUACGGGGUCUUUGCUGUUACUGAUGACAAUGGGUUCACGGAGCAGGACUCAGCCCUAUGCGCCUUCCCUAUGGACAACGUGAACAAAGCCAUCGCUGACGGAGUGGAUGAUUGCUGUGAAUCUGGACCAGAGCAGCUCUCCAGAGGGCUCUGCCAUUUCCAGCCCUGUGAAAGCUGUCCGCAUGAGAGCAUGGAGAACAACGCCACCUGCAGAGACCAUCCCACUAUGGUGUCAAAGCCCUAUUACAGAGUGGACCUCUUCAACAGGCGGAUGACAGAUAUCCUGCUCACCUCUCUACUGGUCACAACCAUAGAAAACAAGACCGUAGCCCACAUCGGUACUUCUACGGGACGCUUACUGCAGCUUGUGUUGACCAGAUCCAGCCCGGUUAUCUUUGCUAAUUACUCUUUGGUGGAGAAUGAAAGGGUCUCAUCCAUUGCUGCUGUCUAUUCAUCAGAGUAUCUCCUCUUCGUGGUUGGAGACAAGAUGAUUCAGGUGCCCCAGAGAGGACCUGGCUGUCAACACUUUCUCACUUGUGCUGUGUGUCUGACGGCCCCAAAAUUCAUGGGCUGUGGCUGGUGCUCUGGGGUUUGUACUUGGGAGAACGAGUGUCGUGGUCUCUGGAGGAAUGAUUCGUGUCCGCCUAGAAUCACUGGCUUCUUCCCACAUACUGCACCCCCUGAUGGUCAAACAGAGCUAACAGUAUGCGGAUGGGAGUUCCAGUCCCCCUUAAGACCUGCUAUCAACUACAGAACUCACCAUGUCCGACUCGGACACACAGCAUGCACUGUGCUUCCUGUGAAAAGUAACAACACACAUCUGGUGUGUAAAAUUCGUUCUGGAGCCACUGACCUCUUCAAACCAAUCGCCAUCACAGUAGAAGUUCAUGAGGGCAAAGUGGAGGGACGUUACUCUAUCGAUGGGAAGGCAGAAAUUCCAGGCUUCACAUUUGUGAUUCCUAACAUCACAGAUAUCCAGCCCAGCUAUGGACCACGUGUUGGGGGCACGCUUAUCACCGUGACUGGAACUCACUUAGAUGCUGGGACAACAAGGAAGGUUACCCUCGACGAUGUGUGCUGUCCUAUAAAAAGGGUCACAAAGCCUAAAGGAAACAUGUCCUCCAUCAUCUGUCUGUCUCAGCCCAUCUCAGAAGUAAGGGACGUCCCUCUCAAUGUUUUCAUCGACAAGUCACCUGUUCUCACCACAAAAGUGUUCUACUACAAAGAAAACCCGAAGAUUACAUCCGUCCUGCCUGACUGUAGCUUUGACAGGGGUUCAAAGAUUGUGAUCGAAGGGGAGAACUUGGAUUCUGUUUAUCGCACCAUCAUCCGCUUUAAACCCAACGAGAGCCACCUGAAGCCAGUGACAAGAGAAUGCGUCGGCAGGUUCUUGCCUACAAGAAUGGAAUGUUUCACACCUGUGUUCCCGAGGGAUGAGACUGAGGAAGGAGAACUCUCUUUUGACAUGGAUGGAGCAUUAGGACUUUGGAAGAAAGAGUUCUCCUACCACCCCUAUGGAGAGCCCAUACCUUUUGAAACAGAGGGCCACGUGCUAAGUUUGUAUCCUGGGUUUGACGAAGUGUCGCUACAUCAUCAAAAACUGAAUCUUGUGAGCUCCUGUAUGACCAUCACAAUGGCUGUUGCUGGGAUUGACUGUGAUGCUAAGGUCCUGGAUAAUGAGAUUACCUGCAGGAUCCCCAAAAACAUGACCAUCCCCAGUGAGGGACUGCCAGUGAAGAUCUCCAUCAACGGGCAAGUCCACAAUGUUGGCACAGUAUUGAGGGUCAGUAACCACUACAUGAUGGGAAUUGUUUUGGGGAUCUUGGCAGCACUGGUGGCCGGGGCAGUGCUGGCCUUCGCUGUCAUGAAACAUUUAAGAAAGCAGAAAAAAGCUUCCAUAGUAGAGAACCGUUUGGCUCAUAGUGCAAAUCGCUCCUCUGCAAACAAUACGGAGAUGUCAGCUAUUGGGGACUACAGGAGAGCACCAGCAUCUCAGGGUCCUCCCACCAUGCUGGUGAGGCCGGUAGCGUUUCCCCGCCGUUCCUAUGUUGCAGGCAGCAUGGAUCCUACCCUCACUCCUCUUGUGCCUCCAGACAAGAUCUCCAUCUCCAGUUUUAGGCCUGAGCUGCUGGAGGAGGUAAAGGAUGUUCUUAUUCCUGCUGAAAUGCUUAUUGUGCAGCACCAUCGGAUCAUAGGGAAAGGUCAUUUUGGCACAGUUUAUCACGGUUACUUCACAGACCACAAUAAUAGAGAGAUCCACUGUGCUGUCAAGUCGUUGAACAGAAUAACAGAUGUUGAGGAGGUGGAGCAGUUUCUGAAGGAAGGAAUCAUCAUGAAGGCGUUUCACCACAGCAAUGUACUGUCCCUGCUGGGCAUUCUCCUGCCACAGGAAGGGCUCCCUUUGGUGGUGUUACCGUACAUGAAGCAUGGAGACCUGCGGCACUUCAUACGUUGUGAAAAGAGGAACCCCACUGUGAAGGAUCUAAUUGGAUUUGGGCUCCAGGUGGCCAAGGGAAUGGAGUAUUUGGCUCAGAAAAAGUUUGUUCACAGAGACCUUGCAGCGCGCAACUGCAUGUUGGAUGAGUCGUAUACUGUGAAGGUGGCGGACUUCGGCAUGGCCAGAGAUGUUUUUGAUAAGGAGUACUACAGUGUCCAGGACCACAGGAAGGCUAAGCUGCCUGUCAAAUGGAUGGCCAUCGAGAGUCUGCAGACACAAAAGUUCACCUCCAAGUCAGAUGUUUGGUCCUUUGGUGUGCUGAUGUGGGAGAUGUUGACUAGAGGAGCCAGUCCGUAUCCAGAGGUGGACCCUUAUGACAUCACACAUUACUUACUGAAGGGCCGCAGGCUUCCUCAGCCACAGUACUGUCCUGACCCUUUGUAUAGGAUUAUGCUCCAGUGUUGGGAUCCAGAUUCAGAGUUGAGGCCCAGCUUUGCUACCUUGGUGUCAGCUGUCUCCACCAUCUUAUCAGGCCUGGAGGGAGAACACUACAUCAGUCUUAACAUCACCUACGUCAACCUAGACCAGCCACGGCCCUACCCUGCCCUCACAGAGUCCGCAGAUGAAUAUGACUCCACAGAUGUUGAAGACUCUGGAUCAACCUCUUCUUGAUCCUCUACACAUCUGGUGUCAACUUUUAACUCUGUUGGUACUCCCAUCAGGUGCACAUACACACUGUGGACUAGUGCGUUGCACUGCAACAUGUCUGAAACAGCCCGUGUGUGUGACAGAGUGGUGGUGUGGCAUGUUUUUGACAUGACGUCUGCCACAUUACAGAUGCUGAGAACAGCUGUUUGAGUGUAAACUUAAUGUGAUGCCUCAAAAGAAUUGAACAGAUUUUGUUUCUGUUAUUUUUUUCCACUGAACAUGUUGAAUCACAUUUGUUAGCUACUGCAGCAAAAUUACAUGUUUCAUAUCCACAAAAGCGCACGUGUGCAUGCCCAUGUAAAAAUGAUGUACUGUAUGUAGACCUCUGUGCUUAUGAUUAUUUAAAGUGUGUUGUCUGUGCAUGUGUAUUAUGAACCCAAAUAAGUUAGCAAACUUGAAAAUGUUGAGACAACUUUGCCUCAGUUUUUAUCUUUAUAAGCUAAUUUUUUUUUUUGUUAUUUCAGC